AUGUUCGAUCGCGGCGAGUCUGCCAGCCCACUCAACAUCGCCUACCUCGGACCCGAAGCCUCGUUCUCCCACCAAGCCGCCGUUGAAGUCUUUGCACCUUCAUCUUCUUCACCUCCUUCUAGACCAGCCUCUCUGCACCCUCUACCCUCAUUUACCGCUAUUUUCUCCUCGAUACAGAACUCCUCUUCGACAUGUUCAUCUUCUUCCGAAAACAUAUCAUACGACUACGCCGUAAUCCCUAUAGAAAACAGCACCAACGGCUCCGUCUUCCAAAUUCUCGACCUCCUCGCCCAAUGCGGCCUCGACUCAUCCGCUCUAUACCCUGACGUUGAAGUCUGCGCCGAGUAUUACCUCCCAGUCCAUCAUUGUCUGUUCGUCUCUUCUCCACCGAACUCCAGAGAUUCAAAAGACCCCAAACAAUCCAUCCGCACACUCUAUACCCAUCCGCAAGUCUGGGGCCAAUGCGGUCGUUUCCUGUCAACGCAUUUCCCGCCUAAUCUUGUCGAACGAAUCGAUGUAGGGAGUACCUCGGCCGCGGCACAGCUUGUGGCGCAAGAGUCCAAUGGCGGUUUCAGUGCGGCCAUCGGUUCACAAUUGGCGGGCCAGAAGAACAAUCUCGUUUGUUUGGCUGAGAACAUUGAGGACGAGCCCGGCUCUAACACGACGAGAUUCUUCGUGGUGAGGAACCGCAAGCGUCCGCUAGAUCAGACAGGUUACACAUCUAUAGAGAGAUCAUCAGAACAUAUCAAACCUCUGCGGUAUAAAUCACUGAUAACGUUCACGAUCCCACACGCCAAACCCGGCAGCCUGGCUGAUGCCCUAGCUGUGUUCAAGCAACAUUCUUUUAACCUGACGAGCAUCGAUACACGGCCCAGUCGCCAGCGGAAUUGGCAGUAUGUGUUCUUCGUCGAGUGUGAGAACAUAAAAGCAGAGGCGACUCAAGAUGCACGAGUCGAAUGGCUCAGUGAUAAUUUAAGAACCCUGUUGGACGAUUUGAGCAAGUUUACGGAGAGCUUGAGAUGUCUUGGAACAUUUCAGGAUCAGUUGCCUCGCGAGAACGGAACAGGAGCGGAAAUAGCAGCAGAUGGUUGCGCAGAAUUGAAUCGGAUUUGA